UGGGCACUGACUGGUGGCACUGACUGGCAGCACUGCUGGGCUGCACUGGUGGGUGGCACUGGUGGGCAGCACUGGUGGGUGGGCACAGGGGAGGACUGACAACUCAUGGGGCCCCCGGGCAAUAGGGGAUCAUGGGGCCCCUGUGUCCUUGCCCAAACUCAAAAAAGCCUAAGAAAAAGGUAUCAGGGGCAUCUCAUGGGGCCCCCUACUGACCCCGGGCCCUCGGGCAGUGCCUGAGUUUCCAAAUGGUCAUU